AUGUCGGCUACUUACCACCAGAUUCCGUCGCUCGUUUACCAGAGAGAUGUUCUACCUCAGCCCAUCACCUCCCUCUCCUUCGACCCGGUCACAGACAUUCUCUGGUCUGGCACCAAUUCCGGUCAUGUCUGCGCGAACUAUACCGCGCGCGGUCUGCGCGGCGUCCACUACCCCGUUGGCGGCCAUCUCGCGGUCAAGAAGAUCCUCGCGACGGAGAGCAACGUGAUCGCGUGCGGAGUGGCGAGCGAUGGGAUCGGCGCAUGGGGCAAGGGCGGCUUGAACGCGUGGUUCUUCAGGCCCGGUAACCAAAUCACCACGUUUUCCAACAAGCCGUCCAAUGGAUCUACCAUCGCGCUUUCGACCGCAAGUUCGGAGCUGAUUCUGCUCAACACCCAGACUGGAUCGGUCCUCCGCCGCUCGUCCGUCCCGAGCAUCCUCACCCAUCUGCACUUUACCGCGAGCCAAACGUACUUUGUGUCCGGCGACGCGGAUGGAUGGGUUAGGCUGCACGACCCACGCGACGCGACGACACGCUCCUAUGGAUCGAACAUGGUCAAGGCGCAUCUGAGCGGCAUUCAGGGCAUUGAAACGACUUCAACGCUGCUCUACACGAUCGGCCUAGGCAUGCGGCAAGGACGGCCAUUCCCGGAUCCGCUUGUGAAGGUGUACGACCUCCGCAAUCUCAAAGCACUCACGCCCAUCCCGUUCUCGCAAGGCCCGAGCUUCAUCACACGCUUCGCGAAUCGCCCGUCUACACUGGCGAUCACGUCCAGCCAAGGCUUAGUACAAAUCGUGGACACGACGAACCCGGCCACCAACGAGUUCUAUCAGCUGGACGCGCCCUCAUACAUCAGCUCUGUGGCGGUCUCUCCUACCGCUGGCUACAUGGCGUUCGGAGACUCGGACGGGGCGAUCCAUCUGCUCUCGGCAGCGGAGGAAGAGGCGAUGUUGCCUUUCAACGGGUUCGACGGGAAGCCGAUCGAAUGGCCCGACUCUGCGGAAGCUCUUCUGGACAUCACUUGGACGGACACGACCACUGCUCAGUCCCUGAACACUGUCGGCAUGCCGCAUUACAAGUCUUUGCUGUUAUCCUCAUGGUCCACCGACUUCGCACCUACAAACAUGUACUUCGCACCUCCGCCGAAGAUCCCGCAGCAAGUACUCAGCUCCAUCAAGGUCAACGACUCCAUCGCGUAUGCCUCGCUUCCCAAGGAGCUGCGUGGAAGGCGGAAUGUUGUGGCUACAGCCCCUCGUAAGAGUGGUGGUCGUUUCCGAAGCGGCAAGACUCGAUACAAUGAGUCAGAACCUGUGACUCCGACCCACGAGUACAACCCCGACAUCGUUCCCAAGUGCUAUCGCAAAGUCGAGAUCGAAUACUCGAAGUUCGGCGUAGAGGACUUUGACUUUGGUCAUGUCCGUCGUACCCAGUUCUACAACAAGACCUCGUUCAGCGGUUUAGAAACGCAUAUCUUGAACUCGUACACGAACGCGCUGGUACAAGUGAUGCACUACACACUCCCCAUUCGUCGCCUCGCCAAGUCGCACAUCACGACCGACUGUCCUCGCGAGCACUGCCUCCUAUGCGAGCUCGGGUUCGUCACUCGGAUGCUCGAGGAUGCACAUGGUACCAACUGCCAAUCGAGCAACUUCUGCAAAACCGUGGGCGUCCUUGCUCAGAUGAACAACGCCAUCGAGUUGAUGGACUACGGCCGCGAGAGCGCGGAGCUCAGCUACGCCCACAUGAUCCAGAUGUUCCAUCGUUUCCUCAUCGACCACCUCAGCUCAGAGGGCAACUCAUUCCCGCACAACCCGAUGCUGCUCCCUAACGCUGGACCCAUCGACAUGCUCUCGCCAGCGCCUGCCCCGAUCACCCAGCUUCUCGGCGUCGACGCGAAAAACAUCAUCGUCUGCGCCACCUGCCACGCCGUGCGCGAGAAGGAGAACAUGACGCACUUGAUCGACCUCAUCUAUCCCGUGCGACGCGCGCCUGACGCAGUUGGAGAGGCGGACUUCGCGUCCACGACGCACAAGGCGACGUGCCAGACGUGCAAGCAGUUCUCGACCUUCGAGACGCGGCGCGCGAUCCACUCGCGCGACCUCCCGCCCAUCCUAGCAGUCAACGCCGCUGCGCACGGAGAGGAGGCGCACAAGUUUUGGCGCGACUCGAGGCGACAGACGUUCCUGCGCCCGCGCGUCCAGAUCCACGGACAAAUCGACGGCAUGGACGACCCGGAGGCGGUUGUCGUGCCGAAGGAUGCCAACUCGCACCUCGUGGCGAUCAUUAAAGCCGUGGUUAUCUUCAAUGACUUCGUGGUGCAGAACAUAUCCGAGGACGAAGCUCUGAGCUUCCCUUCGGGUGGAAGGUCGGUGCCAGCUAUACUGUACCUUGAACGCGUGGACAUGGACAGGUCGAUCCUCUGCCGAGACACCAACAUUGCCGCAAAUCGCGAUUCCCGAGUCAUCAAGCACGAACCGCUGCGCUUCGAAGAGUUGCCUAAACCCGGUACUCUGAUUGCCAUUGACGCCGAGUUCGUGUCCAUGCAGCAAGAGGAGACCGAGUAUCGAUCCGACGGCACCAAGAAGGUCAUUCGACCUGCCCGUCUCUCGCUUGCUCGCGUGUCUGUGCUGCGUGGUGAUGGAUCGAAGGAGGGCAUGCCUUUCAUCGACGACCACAUCCAUACAAGCGAGAUCAUCGUCGACUAUCUGACGGAGUUCUCCGGCAUCAAGUUCGGCGACUUGGAUCCCAGCCUCUCGCGAUACACGUUGACGCCUUUGAAGGUCGUGUAUAAAAAGCUGCGUUUGCUUGUCGACAGCGGUUGCAUCUUAUCGGGCACGGCCUAUCGAAGGACUUCCGCAUCAUCAGUGCAUAUCUUCGUACCGCAGGAGCAAGUGAUCGAUACCGUGGACCUAUACUUCCUUGAAGCUCGCCAGCGCCGACUCUCUUUGAAGUUCCUGACUUGGUUCGUUCUAAAGGAGAACAUCCAGACGGACACGCAUGAUUCGAUCGAAGAUGCACUGUCGGCACUGAAGCUGUACAAGUUGGAGGAAGUCUAUCGUGAGGGAAAACAAUACGUGAGUCUCUCCGCUCCCCGUAACCCUAAGUCCAUCAAUACAGACCUCCGGCACGACCCCAGAGCACUGUCCCCACGCCCGCAGCCGAUGGGUCGGGGCGGCUUCCUUUCGGGCCCACGCGGCGCGACACAGUUCAACAACCACGGCCACUACCCUCUACAAGCCGUUGCCACGCCGCCCAUCUUUCCCAUUCCUGGACCGAACCAUCACCCGCACGGGUUCAUGCAGCCUAAUUGGCGACACCGGUAG